AUGACGCUAGGAGCACGGGCUGCAUGCGACUCUCCAAGAUCUGGCUCCGCCCUCUUCUCAAGGUCAACCCUUCCGGGCUGGAGCCCUAGAUCCCUUUCCCAGCAUGCUCUGCGACGUGAAGAAGCGGCUUCCGGGCCGGAGGGCGUUUUGUGUUGGCUGGCGCUGGAGAAACAAGAUGGCGGCGUCGGAGGAGUGACAGGGGCCUACCCUGGCCGGACACAGCGGCAGUGGUGGCAACUUUUCCCACUGUCUACUGACCUCCUCCGCAGCCUUGCCUGGUGGAAGAGCCCCCGCCACCUUUGUCCUCCCCUCAGGACUUGGAUCCAGUCUCCAUGUUCGUCUGUCCGGAAGGCGAGCAGCACUGGCUCCAAGGCCGAAAUUGUUGUCGGAGAGAAAUAUAAACUGGUACGGAAGAUAGGGUAUGGCACCUUCGGGGACAUUUAUCUGGCGUUUAACAUCAACACCAAACAGGAAGUGGCAGUGAAGGUAGAAUCUCAGAAGACCCAGUUUUCCAAGUUGGUAAUCGAAAGCCAAAUCUAUAGGAUUCUUGAAGGUGGGGUUGGCGUCCCCCACAUCUGGUGGUACGGUGAGGAAAAAGGCUAUAAUGUGUUAGUCAUGGAUCUUCUGGGACCCAGCCUUGAAGAUCUCUUCAAUUUCUGCUCAAGAAGGUUCACAAUGAAAACUGUACUUAUGUUAGCUGACCAGAUGAUUAGUAGAAUUGAAUAUGUGCAUGCAAAGAAUUUUAUACACAGAGACAUUAAGCCAGAUAACUUACUAGUGGGUAUCGGGAAUGACCGUAAUAAGUUAUUCCUUAUUGAUUUUGGUUUGGCCAAAAGGUACAGAAACGACAAGACCAAGCAACACAUACCAUAUGUGGAAGGUAAACCCCUCACUGGCACUGCCCGAUAUGCUAGCAUCAAUGCACAUCUUGGUAUUGAGCAGAGUCGCCGAGAUGACAUGGAAUCAUUAGGAUAUGUUUUGAUGUAUUUUAAUAGAACCCAUCUGCCAUGGCAAGGACUAAAUGCUGUAACAAAGAAACAAAUAUAUGAAAAGAUCAGUGAAAAGAAGAGGUCCACUUCUGUUGAAGUUUUAUGUAAAGGGUUUCCUGCAGAAUUUGCUAUAUACUUAAACUAUUGUCGUAGGCUGCCCUUUGAGGAAGUCCCAGAUUACAAGUAUCUGAAGGAGCUAUUCCGCAUCCUUUUCAGGACUCUGAACUACCAUUAUGACUACAUAUUUGAUUGGACGAAGAAGUUAAAGCAGAAAGCAUAGCAGGCAGCCUUUUCCAGUGGGCAGGGUCAGCCGGCACAAUCCCCCACAGGCAAGCAAACCAACAAAACCAAGAGUAACAUGAAAGGUUUCUAAGCAUUAAUUGAAGAACAGAAGAAGCAGAGCAGAUGAUUGAAGCAGCAUUUGUUUCUCCCCAAAUCUAGAAAUUUUAGUUCAUAUGUAAACUAGCCAGUGGUUGUGGACCACCAUUUACUUGGUGUAAGUAAAGAACUUAAUUUCAGUAUAAACUGGCUCUGGGAAGCAUUGUUGAUGCUGUAUCAUGAGUUUAGCCUCUGUAAUUGUGAAUAUUAACAGUGAAAUGGUGUCUGGUUUGCUAUUGCAUUUUUUUAAGUGAAAAAUUUAACUAAAUGGUUGACACUCAAAUUGGUGGAGAAAUUGUGCAUGUACUUUUUGUUUGUUUGUUAAAACCUUUCAUUUUGUGUUGUACUGCUUCGAGAUCUCAUUUCAGAAGAACAGCAUGAACAGUCUUCAGCCAAAGUUGUGAUGGUUAAAAAUGCCCACGAUUGUGUAUUCUUAGGGUUUUUCCACCCCUGGGAUUUGCAAAUUGUUCACUUAACACAUUCUUUAUAUGUAGCAACCAGAGAUUCCAGUGUUUGAUUAUGCCAGCUUACUGUGCUAGAAAUAACAGCAUCUAAAGUAAAGAUUUAGUGACUACUAGAUUAUUCCUUAGGUCUCAGCAUUAACUCUAUAAUGCUCUUGCUAUUUUUAAAAAAGCAUAUUUGUUAUAGAAAUUUAGUUCACAUCUUACAACUGAACAUGUAUGUAUGUUGCUUAGAUAAAUAAUCAUUGUAAAUGUC